AAUUCGUUCUCAGUUUCCAGCUUCUUAUAAUCGUCAGAAAUUACUGAAAGCAAAACCAUAUAUUGCAUGCAUAUGUGUUGAAUUUGUAUCUUUCUCUAGAACUAUACCAAGAGCCACCUGCUCUAAAAGACAGGAUGAGGUGUAACAACAUGAAGUAUUAAUGUCCAUGCAAAGAUAAGUAUGGCCAAGACGUGUCGUCUCUGCCUCAUCUCCUCCUCCAUAUAUAAGCUCUACUCUGCUUCUCCUCCUCCUUAAUUGCUCUUGCAUAUAUCAAUGGCUAAGCCCUUACAGCUUGCUAUUCCUCUUUGCUUGGUACUCCUUCAUGUCCUCUCCCAAUACGGGUGCUUAGCAGCUGAUCCGCAGUUUGAACCCAUCAAGCAAAAUCAGUGCCAAAUCGAUCAACUCCAAGCCCGCGAACCCGAUAUUCAGAUCGAGUGUGAAGCUGGUCGGAUUGAGUCAUGGGAUCACUACCAGAAUGACUUUCAGUGCGCCGGCGUCGCGGCUCAGCGAAUCACCAUUGAACCCAAUGGCCUUCACUUGCCUUCUUACACACAUUCCCCUCAACUCAUGUACAUCGUCAAAGGUUGGGGUGUGAUGAUGACUGCAUUGCCUGGCUGUCCGGAGACGUUCGAAUUGUCUCAAGGCUCUGAACAAGUACAAGAAGAAAGACAAGGCUUCGACGAUUUAGAACGCCACCAGAAGGUUCGGUUCAUUGGAGAAGGUGACAUCAUUGCUAUUCCUCCUGGGAUUGUCCACUGGGUGCACAACAAUGGCAACUCAUCCCUCGUCGCCGUUAGUCUUCUAGACAUCUGCAACGACCUUAACCAGCUUGAUCGAAACCCGAGGAGAUUCUAUCUUGCUGGUAACCCGGAAGAUGAGUUUAACCGACAAGGGGAAGACAUAAGUCAGGAGGAUGAGUUUAACCAACAAGAAGGGGAAGGCAUAAGUUAUGAGCAGAGACGCCACUCGGGUCAGGGAUCAAAUUACAACAAUAACAUCUUCGCAGGCUUUGACACUAGCCUACUUGCAGACGCUCUCAAUGUGGACAUUGAAACUGCCAUGAAAGUUCAUGGCCAGAUUGAUCAACAACGAAGCCAAAUCGUGAGAGUGGAGGGAAAAUUUGGUUUUCUCCACCCUCCAAUUAAGUCAUCACAUUGGCAGCGAACCCAACAGGAACAAAAAGAUGAGCAGCAAGGACUGCAGGGAAGACAUGACAAUGGUCUUGGGGAGUCAUUGUGCAACAUUGCUCUAAAACAGUACCUUGGUGACCCUAGACGUGCAGACAUUUACACGCCACAAGCUGGUCGCAUCAAUAUCCUCAACAGCAAUGAUAUGCCCAUCCUUAAGCAAAUGUCCCUCAGCGCCGAGACGGGUUUCUUGUACAAUAAUGCCAUCUAUAGCCCACAUUGGAACCUCUUGGCACACGAAAUAUUCUACGUGAUCAGAGGAAGUGCUAGGGUACAAGUGGUGAAUGACAAUGGUGAGACCAUAUUCGACGAUGAGGUCCGCCAGGGUCAGUUGUUUAUAGUGCCGCAAAACCACGCAGUCUUGCAGAAGGCUAUUGACAAUCAGGGAUUCCAAUACAUAGCAUUCAAGACGCAGGACAACGCGAUCAUCAACACAAUGGCUGGCUGGACCUCAGUCUUGAGAGCACUGCCGGAUGAUGUGCUAGUAAAUGCGUACCAAAUUUCUCAAGAAGAGGCCAGGAUGCUCAAGUACAACAGGCAGGAGACCCUUGUAUUGAGUUCAUCAAGUUCCUCUUAGGGCUAAGCGUUUAUCUUUUCUUUCUCUGCUUCUUGGUUUUGUAAGAAAGCGUCACUAUUUCGAUUAAUAAAGGAAAGUAGAAUGUUAAGCAAUUCAUGGAC